CCACCACACCUGGCCAUUACACAUGAUCAACUUUUUUAGAUUUCACAAAUGGGUGAUUUUGUCUUUCUGUGCCUUAUUUCACUUAAUGUCCUUUAGGUUCAUCGUGUUGCUGCAAAUGACAGGGUUUCAUGCUUUUUAAUGACAAAAUAUUAUUCCAUUAUGUGUAUAUACUGCAUUUUCUUUAUCCACUCAUGUGUUGAUGGACACUUAGGAUGAUUCUGUGUCUUGGCUAUUAUAAAUAAUGCUGCAGUCAACAUGGGAGUGCAUAUUUCCCUUUGACAUAUUCAUUUUCUUUGGAUACAUACCCAGCAGUGAGAUUUCUGGGUCAUAUGCCACUUCUACUUUUAAUUUUUUGAGGCACCUCCAUACUGUUUUCCAUAAUGGCUAGAUUCGUGUAUAUACCCACCUAGAGUGUAUAAGGGCUCCCUUUCUCCAUGUCUACACCAGAAUUUGUUAUUUUUUCUCUUUAAAAACAUUUUUAGAUUGAGGUGUACACGUGUAGGUUUGUUACAUGGGAGGUAAAACAUAAUCCUUUCUUUUUCUUUUUCAUAAAUUGAGACAGGAUCUUGCUAUGUUGCCCAGGCUGGUCUUGAAGUGCCUUGACCUCCUAAAGUGUUGGAACCACAGACGUGAGCCACUCCACCCAGCCUAAAACUUCAUCUUCUUUGGAUGAGAUCAACACUUUUAACAAGAGAACAGGACUCUAUAUAAAUCGCUGUAGGCUCACCACCUCUAAGGAGGAGCACUGACUGAAGACAGUGUUUCAGGAGUCGUAGAGCCAGAUCGUCAUCAUGUCUGCAUUGUGGCUGCUGCUGGGCCUCCUUGCCCUGAUGGACUUGUCUGAAAGCAGCAACUGGGGAUGCUAUGGAAACAUCCAAAGCCUGGACACCCCUGGAGCAUCUUGUGGGACUGGAAGACGUCACGGCCUGAACUACUGUGGAGUUCGUGCUUCUGAAAGGCUGGCUGAAAUAGACAUGCCAUACCUCCUGAAAUAUCAACCCAUGAUGCAAACCAUUGGCCAAAAGUACUGCGUGGAUCCUGCCGUGAUUGCUGGUGUCUUGUCCAGGAAGUCUCCCGGUGACAAAAUUCUGGUCAACAUGGGCGAUAGGACUAGCAUGGUGCAGGACCCUGGCUCUCAAGCUCCCACAUCCUGGAUUAGUGAGUCUCAGGUUUCCCAGACGACUGAAGUUCUGACUACUAGAAUCAAAGAAAUCCAGAGGAGGUUUCCAACCUGGACCCCUGACCAGUACCUGAGAGGUGGACUCUGUGCCUACAGUGGGGGUGCUGGCUAUGUCCGAAGCAGCCAGGACCUGAGCUGUGACUUCUGCAAUGAUGUCCUUGCACGAGCCAAGUACCUCAAGAGACACGGCUUCUAACAUCUCAGAUGAAACCCAAGACCAUGAUCACAUAUGCAGCCUCAAAUGUUACACAGAUAAAACUAGCCAAGGGCACCUGUAACUGGGAAUCUGAGUUUGACCUAAAAGUCAUUAAAAUAACAUGAAUCACAUUAAAGGAAGAAUUUUGACCUGCAUUUAUAA